CAAAGUUUGGCGUUACGUAAUUGGUGUACAAUCCCUAGACUAUGGAGGCCAGGACAUCACCGAGUCUUAUUGUUUACUCUUGUAGCCAUUCCAACAUGACAGUGGACAACGACAUCAUGCUAUGAGUCCAUGAUAUGACCGAGUCUUAUUUUGUAGUAUUGUGGCCAUUCCAAUAUGACAGUGGACAACGACAGCACACUGGUGACGACUCUCCUGGAAAACAACUGCAGACCGACGUGGCCAGCGUGGACGUGUAUCUUCUGUAAUGUGUGUGGACUCACCAGCACUGCCAUGUGGUUCUUGGUGCUUCUACCGCAGGUGUGGAAGAACUUCCGGCGGAAGUCUGUGGCUGGUCUUAGUCCACUGUGGGCAACUGCUAACUUUUCGGCGUCUCUCACGAACUUCUUCUUUGUGUAUUUAUACGCCAAAAUACCACUGUAUGGAAAGAUCAACUCUGUGUAUAUGCCAAUAUUGGAAUUCACACUUCUCGUUCAGUUUUUGAUAUAUGGAAACUUCAAACGUGAAAUAAAGGUUGCUUAUUUUGUAUUUUGCGUGUGUCUGUGGACGACAAUAGUGACCUUGCAGCUGGUGCUUCGACAGUUUGACAACAUGCAGUGGCUGGCCAUUACACUUUGGAGUGUUGAGACUUUUCCACAGGUAUUACUCAAUCUCAAAUUGAAGUCAGCGAGUGGACUCUCCAAGAAGUCAGUCAUCAUAGCGACCAUUGGCAAAACAACAGAUUUCCUUGCCAAUUAUGGAUUGGUUGUGCCUGUGCAGUACGUGGUGAUGAUCUAUUUCUCCAGCAGCGUGGCCUACUUCAACUCCAUCCUUGUCACGUGGUAUCACCAUGGAAGCAGUUCCGUUGCACGGUGUAUCAAGGCAGCCAUAAUCAGCACAUUAACCCUUUUUCUGGCAGGUUUUGCUGUCGGAUUAGGCCUAAACACAGAGUCGUACUACUCGGUACUAGGACCUCUGAGUAUAAUCAUUGUCAUUGGUGGUGGUUAUACGUAUUUCAAUUAUUGUCGGCAGGUAGAUGGUGACAGUGAAGACAAAACUGAUGCUGGCCAUCAUGUUUCUGAGGAAAAUGAUCAGAAGGUGUUUUCUAUAACUGGACAAAUGGAUUAUACAACUAAACUGUAGAGUCAGGUGCGGUUGAAGAAUUGUUUUCAUGGAGGGGUGCAACGUUAAAAAAGGCACCUACAGUAUUCAAGAAAGAGUACAACGUUUAGAAAGGGCAUCUACAAUAUUCAAAAUUACACGAUUUUGUAACAUAUUUUAUUACACACCAGUGUACGAUAUUGCUCUGUCAUAACAAUCACUAAAUAUGUAACUUGUGUAAUAUUGGGGUGAUGUGAGCGUGACGUAGAUCACUUGCUGACCCAAUUCGUAGACAAAUAACGUCUCGACAUCUGCGUUUCGGCUUGUUUGCAGUUGGUUUGUAACAAAUAAAAUACUAAACUAGCUUGCCUAUCAUACCACUUUUAUGAAAUGAGUGAAUAGAGUUGGUAUCUGACUCGAUUUCGCUCGUCAGAUACCAAAACUGUUCACUCAUUUCAUAAAAAUGGUACGACAGGCAUGUUCGUUUAGUAUUCUGUAUAAAUGUGACAGUACUCCCACAAAACACCAAUCUGACAUACAUAUAACAGGCAAUACACUAAAAAUAAAUAAUUGCAUUGCAUUUGUUUGCUAAACACUAGAUGCAGUCCGAGCACCUUGUUUCUGUUCUCUUUUGUUACCACUAUUUAAAGUGUGAUGUUAUUUUCAUGCACAUGUCUACUGCACGCCUAAACAAAAACAGACUAGCAACUGGACCGUCACAGAAGUGACAGCAGAAAGUUGACCAACUUUGUACUGGCAGUUGGUAGUCUGACCCUAGCAUUAGCUUUCUGUAAUUUGUUUUAAUCUGACGUCUUUCGUUACCAUUAUUUAAAGGGUAAUAUUAUUUUAAUGCACAUGUGUACUGCACGCCUGAAUAAAAAUAAAAAUAUGAUGUACUAGUAUUAUAUUUUGAAAAGGGAAAACAUGUAAUAAAAACAUAUAAUGCUCAA